AUGGUUAGUCAAUUUAUGCAAGCUCUGUAUGAGAGACAUAUGGAGGCUAUUACUCGGAUUUUGAGAUAUUUAAAGUCUACUCUUGGAAAAGGAUUAGUGUUCAUAAAGCAUGCCAAGUGGUGCAUUGAGGCAUACACAGAUUCGGACUGGGCAGGUUAUGUUACAGAUAGGAAGUCCACUUCAGGGACCAAAUAUGUGGAGAUUGACAGGCACUUUAUCAAAGAGAAGCUGGACAGUGGUAGUAUCUAUAUUCCCUAUAUUUCGUCAAGUCAACAGAUUGUUGAUGUUCUCACCAAAGGGCUACCAAGACAGAAUUUCGACACCUAUGUUAGCAAGUUGGGUCUUAUUGAUAUCUACACCCCAACUUUAGGGGAGUAUUGA